AACGCGCCAAACGGCAAGGGGUGAAGGUAGGAAGCUGGGAGGGGGUGCGUCCGAAAGGAUAGGUCCUCAAUUUUUGUUCCCCCCACAGCCAGUCUCGAUCAUGCUUUGGACAAGAGAGCAUCGCGCGUUUUGGCGCGGUAAUGGCCGCUCCAUUGUCGCCACUCAACGUGCCUUUCGAGCGCGCUUGACUCCAUGCGACUUCUUCCUAUGGGGUUAUUUGAAGUCUAUUGUUUACAACGAUCGACCAGAGACCCUAGCUCACCUGAAGACAAACAUUCGGAACGCCAUCGCCGAAAUACCGGUGGACAUGCUUCAGAGAGUGACGCAAAACUUCAGAAAUCGACUCAAUCAGUGCAUAGACAACGGCGGCCGUCAUUUGAUAGAUGUAAUUUUCAAAAGUGCAUGAAAAAAAAUUUGAUGAGGUG